GCUCAUAAUAAUGAUGUAUUUUGUCGGAUUUUAUGUGAGCGUAAAUGUGCUGUCGGAUGUGUGUGCGAGCCGUGGAUUCGAGCAGCUCUCAUGUGGAGUCGUUCGCUCUCGAUGGCAAGCAUGUGCGUUCCGCGGCCACUGUAGACCAAAGGCUCGUUCGAGCGGUUCGAGUACCUCCCAGCCACCCAACCACCCAACAACCGCAGCCGGGAUGGAUGAGGCAGAUUCGGUCGCUCGCAAGCGCGCAAUGUUUUUCCUUCUGUUGUUGUGGCUCACUCACUCGCUCAUUCAGUCGCUCCACGCCGGAAUCUGUUUUGCUGGCCUGGCGCUCCUGCACCUACUCUCUGCCAGCGGAGAAUCGGUUCGAGUUCGAGUUCGAGCGGUACACACUUUGGGUCUGCUCCGCGCUGCUGCUGCUGCUGCUGCUGCUUUGGCCUGCGAGAAGCGAGAUAUUGAUAGUUUCGGCAUUGUCGUAUCAAAAUAAAGUGAACAUUCGUUUGAAGGCAACCGUUUAGACAAGGCGCGUUUUAUUUUUAUUGUUAUUAAUAUUAUUAUUGCGCUCCUCUCGAAUCUAGACCAAUAACAUCUUCAACUUUUAUUAGUAACACUAUCGAAAGAUUGUUGCACAAAAUCUAUCCUAGUGCUGGAAAGCGCAAAAUUUUGAAUUUUGCAUUAUUUGGCAGUUUUGGUGCGGAACGGAAGUACUCGCGAUUUUUGUGGGAAAGUUCGAUGUCCCCGGUUGCUUGAACAAGUUCGGGUGGCGGGAGUUCCGAUCCAGUUUGAAAAAAAAAAACGGAAGUGACAAGUGAAAAUGAAAAUCAGGAAAAAGUCGUGAAAUAAGUGGCAAAUGAUAGAAGAAAAAUAAAGGAAAACCCGAAUUGUAAAAAUCAUACGGAAGAAAAGUGACCGUGAACAUAAAACAAUAUCCAGGUGAAGACAGUGUGUGAAAAGAGAAAAACAUAAAGUGGCCUGGGAAAAUCAAGUGAAGUGUCUAUCCUCUGCUGAUGAUGUCCAUGCGAAAUAUGUGUGUUGAAUGCAUGAUAGCAGUGAUAUGAAUAUAAAUUGAUUGUCAGCCCUCCGUACCAUUGAGCUGUUGAAAAGUGGUCAAGACUUGCACGAAUAAACGAAGAACAGAACAGAAAAAAUAAUCAUCUCGCACUAAACGAGGGGCGAGCCAAACUUUGUCGUAUCUACCGGUUCGAAGGAAGGUAUCCAAAAUUUUGGCCAACAUGAAUUCGUAUUUUGAGCAAACUGGUUUCUACGGGCAUCCGCAUCAAGCGGCCGGAAUGAUGACCACAACUGGCACCCACCACGAUCAGACGACUGCAGCGGCUGCGGCCGCAUACAGAGGUUUCCCACUGUCGCUCGGCAUGUCCCCGUACACAAACCACCACCUACAUCAGAGCAGAUCUUCGCAAGAUUCACCCUACGAUGCCAGCUUACAGGCAGCAUGCAAGCAAAUUUACGAAGGUUCCUAUGGCACUAAGGACUGUGGGAAAACGGGCGGCGGAAAUGGAACCACAGACACCACCAACGGCUACAAGGAUGUGUGGAACUCGACCAACACGAGUGGCACCAACAGCAAUACCAACACAGCGACUGGCGGAAACGUACCUGCACAGCAAAACAGCUCAGUUCCUGUACGACCCUCGGCAUGCACACCGGAUUCCCGCGUUGGAGGCUACAUCGAUGCCUCCGGUGGAAGCCCCGUCAGUCGAACAGGUUCCACCGCUGCCACCGGCGUGACCGGAACGUGGAACACGAACCAAUGCACAUUGACCGGGGCGACCGGUGGCCAAACAGCGCCAACCACCGGUCUCCACCAGUCAAACCAUACAUUCUACCCCUGGAUGGCUAUAGCAGGUAAGAGAUACUCAGAAUCUCUUGCGGGCACACUUCUACCAGACUGGAUAGGUGCCAACGGGCUGCGAAGACGAGGCCGGCAAACGUACACCCGAUACCAAACGCUGGAGCUGGAGAAGGAGUUCCACACCAACCACUACCUAACCCGCCGGCGCCGCAUCGAGAUGGCCCACGCGCUCUGCCUGACGGAGCGGCAAAUCAAGAUCUGGUUCCAGAACCGGCGGAUGAAGCUCAAGAAGGAAAUCCAAGCCAUCAAGGAGCUGAACGAACAGGAGAAGCAAGCCCAGGCCCAGAAGGCGGCAGCGGCGGCGGCGCAGGCGGCCCUGCACGAGCAAAACUAGGGGUUAGACCAUACCAAUCACAGUAGUUCUAGUAAUUAUUUAUAUUAACUUUAGAAUGAGUUUCCGCAUGAACAAAGAAGUUAUGGUUAGCGAGCAGCGAAAUAUUUUCGUCCUGUAUCUGUAUAGUUGUUUUAGUUCUUUUAUGUUUUACCUUUUAACCGAUACACGUUACGUUUCAAUUUUAGUUCCCGUUUUCAAUUGUAACGACGGAAGUUGGCUUCGUUCUAUAUUAGAUAAAUUAAUUUUGUAAAAAAUAAAUGUUGCUAAAGAGAUUAAUUUAAACAACUACUAAAACGCUAGUGAAAGGUAUAUUUCCAAAAAAAAAAAAAAUAAGCAGAGAUCUGACCCUCGGUGAUAGAGGUGACGAAGUAAGGGUCCUCAGUUUGGGGACGAGCUGUACAUAGAUUUCGACUAUAAGAGAAAAUGGAAUGAAAAAGUUGUACAAAGAAGCUGGUAGAAACUAUUUUCGAAUCUCAAACUAAUCUCAGUCUAUACGAAAGGUAUGCCUCCUUUUGUGAUGUGGUAUAAUUGCAAUACAUAAGUAGGAAUCAUUAGCGAAGAGGUCCGAUGGCAAAACAACGCUAAUUUGCAUACACAUAGAAUCCACUUUUGCAGAUGACAGAUUUCCUUUGCAAUUAUUUGUUUAACUAGAUUUUACAUCAACUUGUCCGGCUUGAUGUUUUGAAAGCUUUAUCAUCCAUAACACACCAUUUUUGUUUAUCUGUUUGAGGAAUUUUAUUACUCGCAAAAGUGGGCACAGAAAUAUGUUCUCUAUUCAUCUGAUACGUACUUCAAUAAAUUAGAAACACUUUACAAAAGUUGGGAUACAGAGGAUGUGGAUUAUUUCGAAAAAAUGGGGACAUUUCUGUCUAGCAGAUUACUGUUCUCAACAAGAACUUCCACGGUUAUAAAUCGCAAGAUGUUCAAAAUUCCAUUUAUAAAUCCUGUCUGAAGCACAAAUUCACCAUGACAGGAUAAACAUAUUUUCAAUCGAUUGCUUAAGAGAUGGUGCCGUUUGUUUUUCAACAUAAUUCACACUCCUGUAUUCCAUCACUGUUUACGUUUUCAAUAAUCAAAAAAGUCUAGAAAAGCAACAAAGAUACGUAAUUUUUUGGUAAUUCUAAACUAUCAAACACCCAGUAGGUUGAACCGACCCUGAUCAAAUCGAUUGCCGUAAUAAUAUAUUGUUCAUGUACUUAUUUAUUUCGGGGAACUAUACUUGUAUAUAUUAAAUCUUCAAAGUUUUCCCUCGUCAAAAUUGUUUUCAGUGCAAUAAUUUACAGAACUAGUGCUUUCUGUCAUUUUUUAACUCAUCGUACACUAAAUUAUCGUUCAAACCUGUCGCGGAUUAGGCUAAGCUGCACAUGUAGUGAACAACAACCGCCGUAGCGUAGUUCAAUCUCUACUACUAGAAUCACCCUCCAGCAACACGACGAAACACACAGGAGAAACCAACCCUCUUUCUCCACCUUUAUCUCAUAACACUCAGGCCCAUUUCCAGCGCUACAACCCGUGUGUGCUUCAAAAUUUCCCAUUGUCAUUUGUUUCUCCUGCGAGCUGUACAACUAUUUGAAACAAGCCAAAAUACCGUGAUGUGAAGCAGGAGCAGCUCGAUUCCAUUUCUCAACCCAAUACCAUAUUCAAACACAGCUCAUUGUCUAGGACAGCUAUAUUUGUAAUGUUUGUUUCCAAUCGUCCUACUCUAUCAGACAUACCCUUAGCCAACUGAACGAAAAUAAAACACGAUCAGACCCAAUUUGAAACGAAUGCUCCUUAAUGUUCAAUAGCAAAAGGCUAAAUGGAAAGGAAUAGAUCAAAAAUACGUAAUUAGACGAGAAUAAGAGUAAUUUAAACACAAAACCACAAAUGGAAAAAAUGUAUACGUAACUAGAUGGUAAGCUAAAGUAUAUUUAAUAAAAUAGUAAAAACAAUGGAGAAGCAAAAUAACAGCAGAAAUGGUUACAAAAAAUCGAAAACAGAAAAAAAUAAUUUAAAUGUAACGGAUUGAUACGUAAGUAAAUAAGAUUUUUAUAGUUGAUAAGUAACUUAAUUGGAAUGCAACAAUGAAACAACCCACAAACACCUUCAACACAGACAAACAUACAAAAAACACUUACACAAAAAAAAAACACUAAACAGAGCAACAUAUUCCAGUGAGUAGACGAGGGGAAAUCUAAUCCAGAAGGACUGUCAAUAUUUGACGACGUCGACAACAGAUUAGCGGGCACGCAAAGAAGCAAGAAGGCAGUUCCUAACGAAAAGAGAUAAAACCGUGAACGGGGGGAAUUAAACCUAUUGACCGCGUGUGCGAUAGAGUGCACGCAUGUUCAUUCAUCCAUUUAAUGUAAUGAUGAAGAUUAAAAAAAAACAAAACUCUAUGACAAAAUACAUGACUAUGAAAAUUUA